UUGUAAUAUAAUAUUAAUCGGUGGUGCUAAAGUCAGGGUGUUGGAAGAUGUGAUUUUGGGAAGUGAUGAUGAUUAUUCUAAUUUUGUGUGUGUUUGUGGUUAUAAUGGGAGCUGGUUACUCUGCGUCAUUAUUAGACCUCAGUGUCACUGGAUUACCUGACGACAGUUGUACAACAAUUGACGAAUAUAAAAUAAAUAAACAUUGCGCCUACACUUUUAGCUACAGCGCACUCGGAGACAUAGUUCCCUUAAAAUGCACCUUGACGGGAAUACUUUCCGAGGACUACUAUAUGAGUUUCGGAGAUAUACAAACAAUAGCCCUCAAAAAAGAACCCGUUACCACACUACCUAAUGAAAUCACCCUAAAGGGAAAGAACGAUACAAUAGAAUGUAAAGCGAGGAGAAAAGGCGGCGGUUUCCUUUAUUCUGUUGUUGUAUAUUUUAACUACAUCCCGCCACCGCCUACUACUGAACGGGCAACAACGCUCACAGACAAACCUACAACAAUUCAAGUGCCAUCGCCAUCAGUUCUAGAAAGCAAAAGUUACACGUCACCAGCAGGAAACGAGUCUCCCUGGUGGCUUAAAUUCGUGCUAGGAGGUUGCGCAGUUAUAAUUGCUCUUUGCGUCCUGGUGUGCGUUAUUGUGUACUGUCGCAAGAAGAAACCGCUGCCUGACGAUUUGACCUACGCAAACUUGACCAAAGAUCAUAAUAACUACGCGACACUACCAAUGCCAACACCGAGGACCCUGCAGAAUGCCAAGUCGAAGGUGACAGUCGAGGGCACCUACAGUGAGCCAAAGGACUCCCAAGACAUGAGCGAAGCCCUAUACGCCAACCCGAACCGUUUCAAGGGUUCCGAGACUUACGCCGAACCGUACGUCAAGUCCGGUCCCAAACCGUGUACUUACGCCGAACCGAACAAGGCAGAUUAUGCGGAACCUUACAUGCCUAAGGAAGGGAGUUAUGCUGCAAUUGGUAUCUCCGAAGGAGGUUAUGCUGCAAUUGGUAACUCGGAAGGAGGUUAUGCUGCAAUUGGUAGCUCUAAAGGAGGUUAUGCUUCAGUUGGUAAUUCGGAAGGUAAUUAUGCUGAAAUUGGAGCGAAAUCGGAAGGAAACUAUGCUGAAAUUGGUGUAAAUAAUAAUGGCAAUAAGGAAUUGUAUGCAAGACCUAUUCCUAAAGCUCAGAGACCAUUUAAGGCGAAAGAUGAGUCGAAUUAUUCAAACGUGUUUAAGGAUUUGUACGCGAAUGCGAAGAAAAAGUGAAGAUUGUUUAAUAUUUAGGUUUAACGCAACAGUGAUAAGGUCGCCUGUUUAUACCUCGCUUCAUGUAUUAUUUGUAUUUCCAUAUACAUUUUUUCUGAGGUUGUGCAAUAAAGAGAAUUUGUAUUGUA